AUGCAGGAGCAUUUCGCUGAAGAAUGGCAAGGUCAACGCAACAGUGCAGACUAUGUGCACGGCUGCAUUUGUUUCGUCACAUUUCGCGCUGUGCUAAGUGUCCAUCACUCGUCAGACUCGAUUGAUCAUCUGACGGCAAUUGCAGAUGGAGACAGGAAGCUGUUGGACGGUAGGGAUAAACCCGAGACGCCUACUAUCAAUACGUCAAUCACUCGUUCACCUUUGACUGAUCGUUCAUUAAAGGUGAAGCUAGCGAAUAGCACGAAGGACAUUGUGCAGACAGGGUACACGGACUCGGUUGUUGGCUACGUGGUGUUUGGCUACUUCAAUCUCAUGACGGUGCUGGUCAAUCUCCUUAUCAUUCUGACGAUUUGUGAUAAUCAGGGAAAACUAGCGACAGACGAGUACGCUGCUUGGUUUAACCCCACUACUGUUGUCAUAAAGGUGUUUAUCUUACUCUGGGUGAUUGCAACGGUUUGGUUUGCCGUGAUAAUUCUGUACCGCUGUAAGAUCCUCAACUUCUUCCGCUACCCAACUACUCUAGACAAGUGUACACAUGUGCUCAUGUAUAAACCAAAAGUGCCGGAAACGAUGCUGAUGGAUCGCUCGGGGGUUGCUCAGAUGGUAUUAAAGGUGGAGAGCUUCGUGUUCCCGCACUCGCGUCAGGAUUUUGAGGAGACCGUGACCGUGCACAUGACUGUUGAAGGUGCACGUUACCUCGAGUUCCAGCAUCUUCGAUAUCUGUUUGAUGAUAUUGAGCGAAAGUUCAUCCCGGGCUUUGUCGUGCUUCCAAACUUGUAUAACGAUAGUUUGUCGGACUCGCAGGGGCUUACCACUGACGAGCACGCUCGUCGUCAGAAUAUUUUGCGCUGCAACGCUAUCGAGGUGAAGAUGCCGUCUUGGGCGGCUUCGAUUGUCCACGAGUUUUUCUCCUUAUUUUGCAUCUAUCAGCUCAUGUGCUACUACGUGUGGUAUUUCACGAACUACGUUUGGGCAUCGGUGCUCAACACCGUCGUAAUUGUGUUGGCGGCUGCAUUUAACAUCUCAGCUAAGCGCAGUAUGCUUGCUUCUGUCGUGAAAAUGACGCACAACGUUGCGGAGGUGACGGUCAUGCGUGAUGGAGUGUGGUCGACAAUCAAGUCAUUUGACCUGACUCCUGGUGAUCUACUUUGCGUGGAGGAAAACUGGAAGAUACCGUGUGAUCGUCAAGGGCUCAAUGAGGGCGCUGGAAAGAAGUACACACUCUUUUCAGGCACAAGAACUUUGGCUUCAGGUCGUGGCGAGAAGAUUCUUGCUGUUGCGCAGGCUAUUGAAACACACACUAGCCGUGGGCAGCUUGUGCAGGCCAUUCUGCACCCUGCAACGAUCAGGUUCAAGUACGACGAGCACCUUAAGGCCGUAUUCUCAGUUUUAUUCGUGGUCGGUUUGAUUGCAGCUUACUUUGCAAUGAAGUUUUUGAUCGACAACGCAGGUCUGAGCAAUACGCUGUUCGCCUUCGUGUAUGGUAUGUUCAUGUUUAGUGCUGUGCUUAACCCCCUCCUGCCUGUGGUGAUGACUGUCCGUCAGGUGAAUGCUGCUAAGCGUCUGCACAAACAGAAUAUCUUCUGUUUGAGCACGAAGCGAAUCAUUCUAUGUGGCAAGGUGCGCAUCUUCUGCUUUGACAAGACGGGCACGAUCACGAAGGAGGUCUUGAAUACCGAAGUUGUGUUCCUAUUAUUGACUCGGGCGAAUUUAUCGAACUUGUUGGAGGUAAAGAUGCUCAAAAGUACGCAGUGGAAGUCUGUAGAGCUGGAAGGCCAGCUUCCUAUUGUUCAAUCUGCAGAAGGUACGAGAGAGUUAGAGUUCGUGAAACGCUUCGAGUUUGACCACCAGCGACUGUCAAUGAGCGUCGUGAUGAAGCAAAAGAGUACGGGUAAGCUGAUCGUAUUCUGCAAGGGCUCGUAUGAGAAGAUGGCGUCCAUUUCUAGUGACUCAGUUCCUACGAACUACUUCGAGACCGCUGAAAACUUAGCUAAAAAUGGCUGCUAUGUGCUUGGCAUUGCCGCCAAGGUGAUACCGAACAUGGUUGAAGCUGAUCUGUCAGCCCUGUUAGCCGAACGAGACGCUGUUGAGAUUAUUCUUGGUGAUAUUGUGGACGACGAGAAAAUUGGUAGCAUGCUCGUAUGGAAGGACGUCAACACGCAACAGGUGUUCUCCGUUGACAACAUCCGCGACAUGGUGAAGGCUGUAGACACAAACGAGGGAUUAGCUGUGACUGGGAAGUGCUUCGACUUUCUGGUCAAGAUUGGAAAUAUCCAAAAGCUUCUGCUCAAAAUGCAUCUUCAGUCGCAUGACGCCACAGGCGACGCUGAGGCUUCAGUGGUGUCUCCGUUCACAAGCAAGUUUCGAACGCUCAUUUCGGUGGUGGACCUUGUGUUUGAGGGCCGCGGAGCGCUCGCGACGUCGUUCUCGAGCGUCAAGUAUCUCAUCAUGUAUGGUCUCAUCGGCAUCGGCUGUCGUACUGUCAUGUACUAUAACGGCGUGUUUAUUUCGCAGUUCCUUGAUGGAGUCAUUCUUGUCGGUAUCUCGUACGGUCUUACACGCGCUCGGCCACUAGAUAAAAUGGGAACACAGCGUCCUACAUCGAGUCUAGUAGAUCCCACAACGGUAUGCUCGCUGGUAGGCGCGGCUACAAUCCACUGGUUGUUCCUGUAUGGUGCUAUCCACGAACUAACUACACAGCCCUGGUACUGCCCAUUCCAGCCGAGCAAUGUUAAUCUCGUACAGUGGUGGCUACUACAAGAUAGCAACCUAGUCUCGACGCUUUGGUUUAUCGUUUGCUUCCAGCAGAUGUCUACAGGUCUCACUAUGGGUUUGGGUUCGUGCUUCCGUCGUCCAAUUUGGCACAACACCUUUCAACUCUUCUGGUACGUGUUGCUCUUUGUGGUGCUCGUCGUCAUUUUUGUUGGUCCACCAUUACGCGUUAGCGACUUUCGCGUUGCCAGCAGUACAAACGUCGUAGGUCUGCCAGAUAUCCCGCUACCCGUUAGCUUUCGUUGGGAGCUGUGA